GACCACUCCCUACUGCUCAAGAGCCAUGGCACAGGUGGUAAACGACGAAGGUCACAAUCGAAAGGAUCGAAACCUUGCUCCCCGCAACGUCAGCAUAUGGCGUCAAGACCAAGAGGCAGCCACGAGCUUCCGCUGCAGAACGUGCCACAGGCAAUUCACGAGCCAGGAGAUAGCAACGCUGCACUCUCAGAUGGAGCACCCGAGCGUGUUUGCAAGCCACUGUGAUACUCAGUCCCUAAUCGAGUCCCUUGUUGAGUCCGUAAGAAGCCCCGGGUCACGGUGCAUCUACAAGCGAACCGCAGCACUUGUUGCGAAUGACAUUUCCGAUUUGUUAAAGCGGAACGAACGCAUGGACAUUGUUCGCUCUACAUAUGACUCGCUUCUAGAGCUAGAGCGACUAUGUAGAUCUGCCUCAAGUCGUGUUGCCCUGUUAACCAAGACGAUACCACAACGUGCAAGGCUGGUAGAGCUCUCUCCUGAGCUACCAUGCCGUCGGGGUCCACUGUGGGAAGCCCUCGAGAUUGACGACCACUCUAUCCUCACAAUACUUCAACUAGCCGUAUCUUGCGACAAAGACGAGAUCAUGGGGUUACGCGAGAACAGCGCGGCAUCCUUCUUGACUCUCGCUGAUUCGGUACGUGUCGUUCCCGCGAACGUUCCUGUUUAG